GUAACCAUGGCCAAUGCAGCGGUGGCGUCCUAUGACCAGCUGGCCCACCAGGUGGCAGUACUGCGCAAGGAAAACUCCCACCUGAGGCGGGAGCUAGAGGACAACUCUAACCACCUUUGCAAGCUGGAGAGCGAGACCUUUGGCAUGAAGGAAGUGCUGAAACAGCUGCAGUGUAAGCUGGAGCAGGAGGCGGGGACUUUGGCGUCGUCGGGACGCAGCGACGUGCUCCACCAACUCAAAGAGCUGCACGUGGACCUGACCAAGUACUACGAGCUGAAGCAUCAAGAUCAUCAAGGUCAUCGGUCACAUCUGUUGGCGGACAAUCAAGGAGGUCCAGCAGAAAGAGAAGACCACCUGGCACUGCCUUCAUGCCAGGCCUCCCCCUCUUCGUCAGCUCAACAGCCAACUCGCGACAACGUUACCGCCAUCAUGUCGCCGCAUCACUUCCUGGACGGAGCCCCGCCCAAAACGGCCGUCUUCAGCGGGGCGGACGGGCGCCUCAGCGACCAUCACAUGGACGAACUCUACAAGGAGAGGAACCAACUUUUGGGAGAAAUUGACCGUGAGGAGCGUGAGCGCUGUUGGUACUCCACCCAGCUGGAGGCGCUAUCCCAGAAACUCACACACCUGCCUCGCAUUGACACGUUUUCCCUGCAGAUGGACUUGAUCCGCCAGCAGCUGGAGUUUGAAGUUCAGCAGGUGCGCCGCAUCAUGGAGGAGCGCUUCGGCAGCGGCGAGCAAACGAUGCAUCGUGCACAGAUGCGUGUCGCCCAUCUGGAGCAGCUGGAGAAAGAACUGCGGGAGACCCAAGGGAGUCAAGAGAGCCAACUGCAGCUGCUGGGUGCAGAGAGGCCUCCUGUGGGAGAACCAGAGAGCAACACGACAGCCUGCGCAGACGGCAUGACAGACGGAGGCAGCAAGGCGGAGAUGAUCUUCUGGCUGCUUUCCAUGCUGGGCAACAGAGACAGGGAUGAGAUGUCCCGGACCCUGCUGGCGCUCUCCAGCUCCCAGGACAGCUGCAUUGCCAUGAGGAAGUCAGGCUGUGUUCCACUGCUGGUCCAGAUGCUCCACCAAGACGCCGGCGGGCCGGGAGAGGCGCGCUGCAGCCGCGACGCUAAGUCCCGAGCCGGCGCCGCCCUGCACAACAUCAUCUACUCCCAGCAGGACGAGGGCCAAGCCCGCCGGGAGAUGAGAGUUCUGCACAUGCUGGAGCAGCUCCGGACCUACUGUGACAGCGGCUGGGACUGGAUAGAGAACCACACCGAGACCCGGAUCACCAAUAUUCCCGAACCUGUAGACCCUCAGAUCUGUCAGGCCACGUGCGCCAUCAUGAAGCUGUCCUUUGAAGAAGAGUUUCGCCGUGCAAUGAACGAAUUAGGUGCUCUGCAUGUGGUGGCAGAGCUGAUCGACUUGGACCAGCAAAUGCACGGCACGCAUAGCGGCAUGCACGACCUCAUCAACACGGCUCUGCGGCGCUACGCCGGGAUGGCCCUGACCAACCUCACCUUUGGAGAUGUGGUCAACAAGGCCACGCUGUGCUCCCGGAAGAGCUGCCUGCAGGCUCUUGUGGCCCAGUUGGGCUCAGACAGCGAGGAGCUCCACCAAGUGGUCUCCAGCAUUUUGAGGAACUUAUCUUGGCGGGCCGACAUCAGCAGCAAGCGAGUCUUGCGAGACAUUGGGUGCGUGUCCGCCCUGAUGACGUGUGCCCUGCAGGCCACAAAGGAGUCCACGUUGAAGAGUCUGCUGAGUGCACUGUGGAAUCUGUCGGCUCACAGCUUGGACAACAAGGAGGCGGUGUGUGCGGUGGACGGCGCUCUGGGCUUCCUGGUUAGCACGCUGACGUACCACUGCCAGACCAACUCACUCGCCAUCAUCGAGAGUGGAGGCGGAAUCCUGAGAAAUGUUUCCAAUUUGGUGGCCUCGCGAGAGAACUACAGGCAAGUCCUGCGAGAUCACAACUGCCUCCAGACUCUGCUGCAGCACCUGCGCUCACACAGUUUAACCAUUGUCAGCAACGCUUGUGGCACGCUGUGGAACCUCUCGGCUCGAAGCCCAAAGGACCAGGAGCUGCUGUGGGAUUUGGGCGCAGUGAGCAUGCUGCGCAAUCUCAUUCACUCCAAGCACAAGACCAUUGCCAUGGGCAGCGCCGCGGCUUUGAGGAACUUGCUGAGCAAUCGACCCCCAAAGUACAGGGACGCUUCGGUGCUGUCGCCGGGCUCGUGCGUGCCUUCGCUCUACAUGAGGAAACAGAGGGCGCUGGAGGCCGAGCUAGACGCCAAACACUUGGCUGAGACUUUUGACUCGCUGGCCGAAAGGAGCCCCAAGCACUUGAGCUUCACCAAGCAGCUGCGCCACAUUGAAAGCCUGGCCAAGGAUUACGCUUCAGAUUCCGGCUGCUUUGAGGACGAAGAGGCCCCCGUUUCCUGCAGUCUGGACACUGCAACUUUAUCCAUGCUGUCCACGUAUCUCAGCAAUUCCGACUCACUGGAAAAUCACAAGCGGGACAGUGAGCCCGGCCAGGACCUGGAGCGUAGCCGACCGCUGUCUGAUGAAGUCAUGUCCACUGCUGCUGAGAAACUGGCAAAGAAGAUCACCAACACCGUUGCUAAGAUUGAUAGAUUGGUGGAGGACAUGAGCAUGCAUACAUCCUCCGAGGACAGUUUUAGCCUCAGCUCUGAAGACCACCUAGCCGAUUGGCCUUACGGAUCAAAGGAACUCAACGAGAGUUGCGCAAAGUCGUGUUCCCCCUGCCGUCUCUCAGACACCACCAACUCGGUCCAUUGCCAACGCCUCAGCAGGGCGCAUGCCUUAUUGCGCCUGAAAAGCGCUUGCACCAGUGUGUCCACCGACAGCUUGAACAGUGGCAGCACCAGCGACGUUUUCUGUGGUGGCAAAGACAGAGUUGGGCCCGCCCUAAAACUUUGCAUCCCCCAGAAACGACCCGAUCGGCUGGAUCUGGAGGUGGCCCACCACAACGUGCAACAUGCUCUCCUGAGUCAGCAAGAUCUUCCGGAAAGAGAUUCCGUGGACGGCAAAGACAAGAUGGGUUUGGAACUCUUCGACUCAGAUGCAGAAAAGAAGCAGGACCCGCCGGCGCAGACGCCAGUCAGUGUGUCCACUAAAGUCUCUUCUGACAUCAGCAUGGCCUCCGUCAAUAUUUCUCCUUCAUAUCUGCAGGUCCCGCUCAUUCAGAGCUUCGCUAAAUAUGGUGUGGCAAAGACGUCAAUGGGCGAUCAGGCUUCUGAAGAGACGAGGAGGCAAGCCUGGGUGCCCACUGCAGGCAGCAUCAGCAAGUUUUCGCCAGUGACGUCGGGCAGGAGUCCAACUGUUGGCACAAUAGAGACGGUGCAGAAAUACUCUGUGGAGAACACGCCUAUCUGCUUUUCCCGGUGCAGCUCCUUGUCCUCACUUUCUUCUGGAGACGGAGCACUGGAUGGACCAAGUGACAACGAGCUGGAGAGUGACUCCUCACUUGAAAUGAUUCAAGCGGGAGACGAUGUCCAGCGGGCUGAGGAGGACGAGACCUUAGAGGAUCUGAGUGACAGCCAGUUGCUCCUGACUGAUUUCCCCAGUCAAGAGAGCCAUCCCAUCCCAAUUAUGUGUCCGGACAAAAGAGAAAAUGUAUUUCUUCGGAGAUCCUCCCCAGUAGUGCUCGAAGACACAUCCCCAUCUAGUUCUUCAGAGAACUACAUCCACGAGACUCCUCUGGUCAUGAGUCGCUGCAGUUCUGUCAGUUCUUUGGGCAGUUUUGAGUCUCCGUCCAUUGCCAGCUCCAUCCAAAGCGAUCCCUGCAGCGAGAUGAACGACGGAGCCAUCAGCCCCAGCGAUCUUCCAGACAGCCCCGGCCAAACCAUGCCUCCCAGCCGAAGCAAGACUCCUUGUUGCGUGGAGUUCAACGGAGGGGAAGUACACUCGGUGAGCUCGGCUGCUCAGUGGGAGAACACUCUGCGCAAGUUUAUCGAAGUCAGCGACUCCAAAGACAGGUUCAACCUUCCUCCUGAUUUGGACACCAUGAUCUACUUCACAGUGGAAAAGCCCUCAGAGAAUUUCUCCUGUGCAUCCAGCCUGAGUGCAUUGCCCCUGCACGAGCACUAUGUCGAGAAAGAUGUAGAGCUGAAACUGACGCCGCUCCUCCAGCAACGUGACAGGAACCUAGCUCUCCAAGACCAAAAGGACCAGGCUGAGAAAUACAGUGAAGGCAACUCUGACGACGACAUAGAGAUACUGAAGGAGUGCAUCAAUUCGGCCAUGCCGUCCGGAUUCAGAAAAGUCAGGCCUUCCUUGGUGACCAGCGUUGCUCCCCAAUUUCUCACUUCCCAAAAAGCUUUGCAUCUUCCCGUUUACAUGAUGCUACCAAAUGGCAAGACGCAGCUGUAUCCUGGCAGGAGAACCGUCGUCCCGCACAACCACGUCAAGUUUGACGACUCGGCCGUCACCGACUCAGCUGACGGGACUCCGGUCAACUUCUCCCGUGCAACUUCACUGAGUGACGAAACUCUCCAGCACCCAGUAAAGGACUGCCCGUCUCGGCCCCUGGCCAAGGAAAGAAUACUUGAUGAGGAGGCAAAGCGGAUCCAAGACUUGAGACUCUUCUCCCACUUCCACAGAGCAAACAAGAUGAGGCCUCCGCCGCUGCUGCUGCUGCCACCACCAUCGCCCGUGGUUUGCUCAGACCACACAAGCAAACACGUCAUCCCCACACAGAAGGUUCUGAUGCAGAGCAAAGAAGUGGCUGACAGAGUGGCCAGCCAGAGGAAUCGCCAGGACUCGCCCGGCCAACGGAAGAAGGUGAAAUGCCAGAGUGCCGCUGGGAAGCUCCCAAAACCCGUUCUAAAUCACAAGGCAGAAAAUAGCCUUCAUCAGAGGAGACACGCGGCACAGAAGUCACCUUCUUUAGAUGAGACCAAGCACUUUUAUCAGGACAAAUCCAAAGUUGCCAGCAGAAGCCACACCAGGGAAGAAAGCAGAACUUCUCUCUCAACAAGCAUGACCAACAUCGUCAGGUCGCCAGCAAAGCCCAUAGGCUUUCACGUGCUCAAGCAAAAGCUGAUGGACGGCUUCCCAGCCUCUUCCUCACUCAGCUCCUCAGUGAGCUCCCUGAGCGACGCCGAGUCUGGGGAUCACCGAUACAAAACCCAGCAGAUUUGCUCCAAAGACAGACACAACAAAAGUCUACAUAUGAUGCAGCAGGCCAAGUCCUCGACCGUCUGCAGACAUGUUGACGCUCUCCAAAGCUCUCCAAGUUCACUCAGCGUGGACUCAGAAGACGACCUCCUUCACAAGUGCAUCACUUCGGCGAUGCCCAAACAGAGACGGAAGAUGGCCGCCAGGAAGAAGAAAGCGGAGAAUGGCCAAAAGCCCAAGGAAGUCUGGAACAUAAAUGAAGACAGUGAUGACCCAGCGUGGGAUCAAGCAUCGGACCUGAACAGUGUGGAAUGGAGAGCCAUUCAAGAGGGUGCAAAUGCUGUGGUGACGGGACUUCAGGCAGCCAAGUCCCAAGAGUUCUCCUCUGAAGAAAGUGAAUCUGUUUUGUCCUUUAUGUCCACCUCAAGCUUUACCCCCAAGGAGAAAAAAUUUGCUCAAGACAAAAAGGCCAACAAACCUCUGGACUUUGCACAGCGCAAGCCAGUGCCCAACUUGCCGGUGGUUUUCAGAGGCAGAACAGUCAUCUACACUCCCAUCAAAGAGACGGCUCCGUCGCAAAUUCCUCCACCCAGGAAAGUGGCCUCUCCAAAGAACCCAGAGCUGGCUCAGCACAGGUCAAAGAGCCUUCACCGAUUAGGACGACCGCAAGACACGGAGCUCUAUCUGCCAAAAAGGAGCUCAACUCCACCUCCGAGGAUACCGCACAGUUCUUCUUCUGGGUCGUCACAAAGUUCGACACCAUCCAAGCAUUCUCAGAAGAAACUCACAAGCAGGACUAUCCAGAAAAAGAAUAGCACACUGUCAAGUAGCCCCCAUGAAAGGAAAGGACGCUCUUUGGUGGUUACUAAAGUGGAAAAAACACCACCACCCAAAACCCAGAAGUCACCAGUCAGAAUACCUUUUAUGAAGAAUUCCGUAAGGCCAGCCAGACCUCUUUCACCUCUGAUCACCCACCAGGCCACAGGGAGACAAAAUCAGGUCGGUGGCAAACGAGUCCUUCCCACGAGCCCAACUGACCUGCACAGGGUGAGCCCAGCCCAUUCUUAUGAUGGUGAGUCAGAUGCCAGCGGAUUCUUGAGACAGCUGACAUUCAUCAAGGACUCAAAGAGCGGACUGAAACGUGAGUGCAUGCCCCGUGUCCACAAGUCCCGAUCCCAGAAUGCUUCCCCCCACCAGGCGGCUUCGGCAGUCUUCCUUUGCUCGUCCCGCUGCCAAGAACUCAAGGUGGCUGCCCAGCCCCCAAGAAAGAUGACAGCAACAAGUACAGGCCAAGCACAGCGAGUCCACAGACCUCAGCUACAGGCCAGAAUCGCCUCCAGGGAACGGGACCUGUCCACAAGACGUCCAUCCAGGAGAACCAGCUCUGAAAGGCCCAACAAGGCAGCUCAACAAAAUGCCCCAGGCAAAGUUUGGGGAGACAGACAACAACAGCAGCAGCACAAAGAAACAUCUAAAACAUUUCACGCUUCAUCUCCGAGUAUAAACACGCUGAGCCGAGUGACCAGUCGCUCUUCCCUCCGUUCAUCAUCCUCAGAUUCAAGCGCACGAGCCAAAAGCGAGCAUGAUACAAAGAAGAAAAGUCCCAGAACCUGUAUGAAUGACGGCGUCACCUGGAGGAGGUUCAAGGAUGAAGACGUAGCUCAGCUCUUAAAAAGCUCUCUGCCGCCAAACGCCUUGCCUCUGGUGCCAUCACCUGAUAAGGCCAAGCCAUCUCUGUCUCUGACAGAGAAGAUGCAGACGAUCCUCCCAGCCUCGCGUAGUGUGAGUGACGCUACGGUUCAGACAGAAGAGUUCUCCAACACAAAGAUCAACUCCAGCACCUCUCCCAGUGCGGAGUCAACGGCAGCCAUUCUGGAAGAUGCGGCCGGACGAGAGCUAUUCAGGAAGAGUAGCGCCAUUGCCGGGGGGGAGAACUUUCAAGAUGGAGAGUCAGACGGCACCACCUCUACCGCAAAACCAGACGGGCAUGUGGGCGGAGCCGUGCAUUUCCGCCACGUAUCUCCAAGCAAGGCGGCCAGAGUUUCUCCAUUCAACUACGUCCCCAGUCCCAUGGUCCAGCUGGAGGCCCCAGGCACGAAGGCCGACCACAAAACGGACAACAGAAGUCAGUCUUAAAUGUUUGAUGAAAGACAUUUGAGAGAGUCUUCAUUUGAGCUAACCUCGUGUGAAUUUAAUUGAAUGAGCCAACGCUAAUAAACAAAGGAAGGACAUAUCCUAACUCUUAUUUAUUGAGGCACAAUAUUACAUUAGAGCUAGCAAUAUUGCAGUCGAUAUGUCAAACCUCGGUUUUCGAACGUCCCUGUUCUCGAACAAAUUGGAAUUUGAACAAAAAAUUUGAGAUUUUUUGCUUCGGUUGUUGAACAAAAUUCUUAGGACGAACCUCGCGAGAUGAGCCGAAGGGACCCGAGAAAACCCGACCGCGCGCCCCGGAUGCCGACUGACUCCGUUUGUUAUUGUAUUUUCGUUACUUUGAGGAUUGUAUUAACCCCUAAUCAUGCCUCCAAAGAAAGCAAGAGCAGUAAAACCAUCCUAAAACACAAAGACGCUCUUAAAGCAAUGCGACAAUGAGCGCCCUGCGCGCUGCGGUUGCGCGAUCGGACCAAAUUAAGCUCCCUGCGCACUGAGGUCCACUUAAAUUUUGGAAAGUACAUCAGGACUUAAAAAAUAUUUUCUAAAUUUCAGCGACGGCUCUUUCACAGUAAUGCGACCAGCGUGGUGCAGUUGCGCGUUCGGCGGCGCGCUACGGUUGCGCGUUCGGCGUUGCAGUUGUGCGAUCGGACAAAAAUGCGCAAAUGAAAAAAUGCUUUAAAAAGGCGGGGUUUUUUUGUCUUGGAACGGCUUAAAGUUUUUUCCAUUAUUUGUAAUGGGAAAAAUAGAUUAGGAAUUCAACAGAUUAACUUCUCGAACCGCCUUCUGGAACGGAUUGUGGUCGGAAACCGAGGUUUGACUGUACAUACUAUGUUUCUCUAUUCAUGAGUGCAUCCUGACUCUAAUUUAAUGAGCGUUAGUGUACUUUGUCUAAUUGAAGUUGCCGUAACACGACGCCAUCAACAGUCACACGCCCUUGAGCCGAUCUGAACACCCGGGUAGACGGCAGACUGUGAGAAGCGUUUCAAGAAAAUGCAGGAAAAGAUGAUCAUCCCGAGAACUACAACACGUCCAUGUAAGCAUACAAAAGUAAAUGGGGGAAAACAGGCUUGGAGAACUGUGAGAGAGGAACUAAGUAUGCUGUUACUUUUUUUUUCCUUUCAUAUUUUAAGCUGGUGAACUCGACCCAUACGGCACCAAUGUUAACAUGACAAUGUCGGCCACUCGAAGUUGAAACAUGUUUUGGUCAUCAGCGGCGAUUGGCCGUAAUAAAGUUAAAAAGACAUACAAGAGGGUUACAGCCGGUGGACGACGCAGAUGAAGUGUCUGGCUGUCGCUCACCCCGUGUUUGGUGUGCACGCAGCGAAUCAUGCUCGCGGUAGAACGCUAGUGUGGUGAGCGAAGCGUCGUGUGCUUGCUGUGCAUGUAGAAACAAAAAGUAAGAGUUAUUUUCGCAUUGUUCUUCAACCAUUCAGUUAGCCCCGUGCUAUGGGUUAACACACAUGCUGACAAUAAUUUGGCACUCGCGCAAAAGCAUCAGUUGUCAUAUUAGCAGUUGAUUGAUACCAGUUAAUUAUUGUAGCUUUGACUGUGUUCCUCACAAGUUUGUACAUAACAGCACACUAGAAAAUAAGACGUGCCGAUGCAUUGCUCAAUGUUGGUGUGAAGCAAUAUGAAAAAAAAAGGUGUUUUGUGUAUAUUUAGCGUAAAAAAAAGAUCCGCCUAUCGGCUUGUGCCAUUUUUACAUGUCAAGUUUCUCCCAUGUUAUCUUGCUCACCGUCUCGAGUUACGACUGUUAUGGUAAAGCGAUUUUGUGUUUUGCGGCUGGAGAUUCGUCACAAGCGACUUGGAGCUUGCCUGACUGCAACUGUUCAAAUUCUCAAUAAAAAACGCUGAACGAAA